AUUGAGCUUCCAAGUAACAGAACAUGCAUCAAUCAAUACUUCCACUCUUGUCCUCAAUUUCUCUCAACAUUUAUCAACUAUUCACACUCUCAUAGCAUUCAUUCAUAACACAAACAAUGGACAUUUCAAGUUGUAUGUUUCUCAUUGUCUUGACAUUUGUCACCAUCUAUGUUUUUCUUUGUUCAUUCUUUGGAAAGAUCACAAAACAAUACUGCAAACUUCCACCAGGACCAUCCCCUCUUCCCAUUAUAGGGAACCUCCUUGAAUUAGGGGAAAAGCCCCACAAACCCCUGGCCACACUUGCAAAGACUUAUGGCCCUAUAAUGAGUCUUAAAUUUGGCCAAAUAACCACUGUUGUAAUCUCCUCAGCAGACAUGGCAAAAGAGGUGCUUCUCACAAAUGAUCAGUUCUUGUCAAACAGAACCAUUCCUCAAUCUGUAUCGGUUCUCAACCACGAGCAUUAUAGUCUUGCCUUCAUACCAGUUUCACCUCUAUGGAAGGAACUAAGAAAAAUAUGCAACACUCAAUUAUUUUCCCACCAGACUCUUGAUGCCAGUCAAGACAUUAGGCGCAACAAAGUGCAACAGCUUCUCAAUGAUAUCCAUCAGAGCUGUCAAAUUGGUGAAGCAAUAGAUAUUGGAACAAUAGUGUUCAAGACAACAAUAAAUUUGUUAUCAAACACUAUUUUCUCUGUGGAUUUGAUUCACUCUAAUGGUGCAGCAGGAGAGUUUAAGGACUUGGUGACUGAUAUUACAAAACUUGUUGGAACACCAAAUGUGGCAGAUUUUUUUCCUAUAUUGAAGAUGCUUGAUCCGCAAGGUGUAAAAAGAAGACAGACAAAGAAUGUAAGGAAGGUGUUAGACAUAUUUGAAGACUUGGUUAGCCAACGUUUGAAGAUGAGGGAAGGUACAAGUGUAGACUCCCAUAAAGACAUGCUUGAUGCCAUGCUAAACAUUUCUAAGGAGAAUGAGUUUAUGGACACAAAUAUGAUCCAACAUUUAUCACAUGAUCUAUUUGUUGCGGGAACAGAUACAACAGCAUCUACACUAGAAUGGGCAAUGACAGAGCUUAUGCGCAACCCAGAAGCUAUGCGAAAAGCCAAAAUGGAGUUGGAGCAAACAAUUGGGUGUAGUGUCCCACUUGAAGAGUCAAAUAUUUCUAAGCUACCAUACUUACAAGCAAUCAUAAAAGAGACACUUCGGUUGCACCCACCAGUACCAUUUUUACUGCCACGAAAAGCUGAGAGGGAUGUUGAGAUAGGUGACUAUACCAUUCCAAAGGAUGCACAAGUGCUAGUUAAUGUGUGGACUAUUGGCAGAGAUCCAACUAUAUGGGUUAAUCCAACAUCGUUCUCCCCUGAAAGAUUCUUGGGGUCACAGAUUGAUGUCAAAGGCCGGAAUUUUGAGCUCGCACCAUUUGGUGCCGGACGACGAAUAUGCCCGGGCUUACAACUGGCCAAUAGGAUGUUGUUAUUAAUGUUGGGUUCACUAGUCAACUCCUUUGAUUGGAUGCUUGAAGAUGGCAUGAAACCAGAAGAUAUGAACAUGGAUGAUAAAUUUGGCAUUACCUUGCAAAAGGCCCAACCCCUUCGAGUUGUUCCUGUCAGAAUAAGUAAAUAAAGUGUGGUCCAUCUAUAUGUGUAAUAUAUUAGACAGUCCUUUAGCUUGUUCUUCUCAAUGCUAAUUUAAUUGAUUGUCA